GGUGGGGCUCAAUCUCUCUCAUCAUCAGUCUUCUUCUCACUUUCUUUUAAUGAUACUUCUGACACACUUUUCCUGCGUGUUCCUGGAUGAGGCCCAAAUGGUUUAUUCCACAUACUUGUGUGUUUAAGUAAGGAAGAUUAAGGGUUUGGGGGCGGGUGGCAGAAACAGCGGUUCAGACCUUUCCGAGUAGGUCUGAAGGGCAAGUGAGUGUGUGAGCGAGUCAGUGAGAGGUAGUGUUGAGGAGGACUACAGGGCAGUUGUUUGUCGGGCCAUGGCAAGCGAGGGGACGAGAAGUGAGUCCCCCACAGAGCAAGAUGUCUGCAGCCUUCCCAGCGACACCGGCGAGCAUGACCCACUGAGUGACCCUGAUGGCCUCUCGGUGCUGGAGCAGCUGGGUCUGGACCAGAGUUCAGACCUGUCGGACUCCAGCGUUCAGCAGCGGCUGGAGGAGCAGCGCGAGCGCAUACGCCGGGAGAUCCGCAAGGAGCUGAAGAUCAAGGAGGGGGCGGAGAACCUGCGGCGGGCCUCCACGGACAAGAGGCAGGCCCAGCAGGUGGACAGCCAGCUCAGGUCCUCCGGCCGCAAGCUGGACACCCUCCACGCACAGCUCCAGGAGCUCGACGCCCACAUAGUGGUCAAGGGCCAGGAUGCCGACAGCAGAGGAGAUGACCCCCACUCUCCGGGGACGGUCAAUCGCUCGACGGCGAACGAGGACCGCAUUGCUGCGCUACAGCGGCAGCUGAACAUUGAGCUGAAAGUGAAGCAGGGGGCCGAGAACAUGAUCCCCAUCUACGCCAACGGAGCCGCCAAGGACAAGAAGCUGCUGCAGGCGGCCCAGCAGAUGCUGCAGGACAGCAAGACCAAGAUCGACAUCAUCCGCAUGCAGAUCCGCAAGGCCAUGCAGGCCACCGAGCAGAACGAGGACACACAGGGCAACUCAGACGUGUGUGGUGUGGAGCUGCGUAUUGAGGAGCUGUGGCAUCACUACCGCGUGGAGCACGCCAUGGCCGAGGGGGCCAAGAACAUCCUGAGGAUACUGGGGGCCGGCAAGGCGCAGGACAAGAAGGCCAUGUCCGAGGCCCACUCACGUCUGAGUGAGUCGUCUCAGCGUCUGGACCUGCUGCGCGAGGCCCUGGAGCAGCGUCUGGGGGAGCUGCCUGAGGACCACCCCAAGGCCUGCCUCAUCAAGGAGGAGCUGGCCCUGGCCUCCUCCUCCGCCUUUAGCUCGCACCAGGGCGCCCCCUACGUCCACAACCAGUACAGCACCCUCAGCCGCCCAUCGCCACUCACAGGCAUGCUUCAGGUGCGUCUGCUGGGCUGCGUGGGUCUUCUGGACGUGGUGCCGGGCCGCAGCAAGGGGAACCCUCUGGCGCUGCCCAACUACAACUGUGGGGACGGCCGGCCCUUUAAGCUGAGCCUCUACAGCCGCUCCGGCAGCAGCCUCAGCAUCAAGCUGCCCGGCAAGAGCGACGACACCUCCAACGAGGUGAGCGCGGUGCUGAAGCUGGAGAACUCGGUGGUGGGCCAGACGUGCUGGAAGGGCGUGGGGGAGAGCUGCUGGGACCAGACCUUCUCCGUGGAGCUGGAGAGGUCUCGGGAGAUGGAGAUUGCGGUGUACUGGAAAGACUACCGCUCGCUCUGCGCCCUCAAGUACCUGAAGCUGGAGGAGUUCCUGGACAACCAGAGACACCGAGUGCAGAUGGACCUGGAGCCCAAGGGGCAGCUACUGGCAGAGGUAACAUUCUUUAACCCAGUCAUCGAGAGGGGUCGGCGUCUUCAGAGGCAGAAGAAGGUCUUCUCUAAACAGCAGGGUAAGAUGUUCCUGAGAGCUCAGCAGAUGAAUGUGGACAUCGCCACCUGGGUGCGGCUACUGAAGAACGCCAUCCCCACCGGAAACACCACCUCCAGCUUCACGCCCAACUCCAGCCCCCACAACACUGGGGAGAUCUCCAUAGAGAAGCUGAGUCUAGAUGAGUCGUCUCCAAGAAGUGCUGACAUCAGGAGAGACUCCGACACACACCAUCCGGAGCCCUUGCCAGUAAUAGAACCCUUCUCUCCACCGGAUCUCGGCCCUGAGAGACGAGGCAGAACCUGCUCCCAAGGCUCACAGCGAAGGCAGAGCAAAGGCCCUCUUUGUCUGCAAGACUUCCGACUGGUGGCUGUACUGGGCAGGGGCCAUUUUGGCAAGGUGCUGCUGUCAGAGUAUAAGAAGAGCGGCUGUCUGUACGCCAUCAAAGCACUGAAGAAGGGAGACAUAGUGGCCCGCGAUGAGGUGGAGAGUCUGAUGUGUGAGAAGCGCAUCUUUGAGACGGUGAACAGCUGCCGCCACCCCUUCCUGGUCAACCUGUUUGCCUGUUUCCAGACGCCGGAGCACGUGUGCUUCGUCAUGGAGUACACGGCCGGCGGAGACCUCAUGAUGCACAUCCACGCUGACGUCUUCUCAGAGCCUCGCGCCAUGUUCUAUGCGGCUUGCGUGGUGCUGGGCCUGCAGUUUCUUCAUGACAAUAAGAUUGUGUAUCGAGACCUCAAGCUGGACAAUCUCCUAUUGGACACGGAUGGCUAUGUUAAAAUAGCAGACUUUGGCCUUUGCAAAGAGGGGAUGGGCUAUGGGGACAGGACCAGUACGUUCUGUGGUACUCCUGAGUUCCUGGCCCCUGAGGUCCUGACUGACACGUCCUACACGCGGGCCGUGGACUGGUGGGGGCUGGGGGUGCUGGUCUAUGAGAUGCUGGUGGGAGAGUCUCCGUUCCCGGGUGACGAUGAGGAGGAGGUGUUUGACAGCAUAGUGAAUGAUGAGGUGCGCUACCCUCGCUUCCUCUCCACGGAGGCCAUCGGCAUCAUGAGACGGCUGCUAAGGCGGAACCCAGAGAGGCGAUUAGGCUCGGGAGAGAAAGACGCAGAGGAUGUAAAGAAGCAGCCCUUCUUCCGGACCAUGGACUGGGACGCGCUGCUGAAACGGCGCCUGUCUCCGCCCUUCGUGCCCGCCAUCGGCAACCCGGAGGACGUCAGCAACUUCGACGCCGAGUUCACCACGGAGGCCCCGUCCCUGACGCCGCCCCGCGAGAGGCGCACGCUCUCCCGCAAGGACCAGGACUGCUUCAAGGACUUUGACUACGUGUCUGACCUGUGUUGAGGGGGGAUGGAGGACCCCUGGGGGGAGGAUGGAGGACGCCGUCGAGUCUCACCCCCGCGAGAGGAGGGUUGGAGGGGGAGUGAGGAAGAGGAGUGGUGGGCGAUGUGUCCUGUGCUAUGUGUCCUGAGCUGGGAUGUUUUAAAGGAGGAGAACACCCCCCUCCCCCCAUGAAUUGACCCUCGCCCAGGG